AUGGAAAUAGCAACAGAGCUUCUUGAAAUAGGAACGGUCCAUCGACUCCAUAUCUGGCGUCACUACGGAUAUCUUGCCUUCCCAGAAGGUCGUGACGACUCGUGGAUUGGGAGAUUAAGGGAGCUGAAGUUAAUAGCCUGUGUCGAUGCCGAAACACUAUUUCGUAUCUUCGAGUCUGCUUUCAAUCUGGAGAGUUUCUCGUUGAUCGUGGUGAAGUCUCGUGAUUUACACCGUCCUCCGCCGCCGACAGGCAGAGAUCUCAACCACGCACUGGUAAUUCUAGCCGGUACUUUAAAGGUGUUGGAGUUAAGGAUCUGCCAAAAUACUUGGUUUCUAGCCCAGCUUGGAUCCGCUCAGGUUCUUGACUGUUUGCCUCAACUCGAGAAGCUUGAAACACUAAUGACUGAAAUACCGCUUAUAACUGGAACCCAAGCCAAUACACGUGAUAUCUGGAUACUUGAAAAACUUCCACCGAACCUCAUCUCGCUUGACGUGGUCGAGAUGUGGCGGAGUCUAGAAAGUGGCCUCACCUGGAAAGAGGAUCUCAUGAUGGCUUUUACUACUACGUUCGCUUCCGAGCUUCGCAGCGGGUUGUUGCCUAGCCUGAAGUACGUUCGGUAUAUUCCUUGCGUUGUAGAAUCCUGUCUCGGCCCGCAACAGCUCGACGCAAUUAAGAUUUUAUUCGAUACGACUCGUGUGUCAUUCUCUUACGAGGCGGAUAGCUUGCCAAUGCGGUUCUUUUAUAUAGCUGGGUGA